UUUUAUUCUUAAAAUCGUAAACAUGACUUCGGGAGAAGAUUCAAAUUUCGUCUCAAGAGUUUUAAAUUUUUGGAAUUCCCUUCAGCAUCCGUAUACACCAGUAUCAGCAAAUUCUUCUCGUACACCUCGUACACCUCGUACACCUCGGACCCCACGUACUCCAUAUGGAACACAAGGAUCGCCACGUACACCACGCUCUCAAAGUUUUAAUAAUCGUUAUGACGUAGCUUUAGAAGAAAUUAAAAGAUAUGAAGAUUUUACUACUAUCGAUUGGGUUCAAGAUGCGAUACAUGAACGAUCUAGAAUGAACGUUUUAAGAAGUGCAGCGAUAGAAAAUCGUUCUUCGUGGAAUACUUGGCUACGACUUUCUUAUGAAGCUGGUCAAGCUUGGAUUGUUGUUUCUAUAGUCGGCGCAAUUAUUGGCCUAAAUGCAGCAUUAAUCGAUAUUAUCACAGAAUGGUUAUCAGACAUAAAGUCUGGAUAUUGUAAAAAAUCCUGGUGGUUAAAUCAAAAGUUUUGCUGUUGGGAAAUUGAAGGAGAAGAUGGUUCUUGUGAACUUUGGCAUGAUUGGUCCCAGUAUUAUAUUAUAAAUUGGUUUUUCUAUGUAGUAUUUGCAACAUUAUUCGCAGCGGUUUGUGCAUUUAUGAUACGUACUUUUGCACCGUACGCUGCUGGGUCUGGUAUUUCAGAAAUAAAAUGUAUUCUUGCUGGAUUUGUAAUGAAAGGCUUUCUUGGAAGUCGAACAUUGCUUUUAAAGAGCAUCUGUCUGCCAUUGGCUAUUGCAUCAGGAUUAAAUGUGGGAAAAGAGGGACCAUCAGUUCAUACUGCAGCUUGUGUUGGAAAUGUUGUUUCCCGAUUAUUUGGAAAAUUCAAAAGAAACAAAGCAAAAAUGCGAGAAAUUUUAUCAGCAUCUUGUGCGGCAGGUGUUGCUGUGGCUUUUGGCUCUCCUAUUGGCGGCGUUUUAUUUUCCUUUGAGGAAAUGAGUUCAAAUUUUCCUAUGAAAACACUUUGGCGAAGUUUCUUUUGUGCUUUAGUAGCCACUGUAGUUUUACAGGGUAUGAAUCCAUUCAGAACUGGAAAGCUUGUAAUGUUUCAAGUUACUUAUGAUCGAGAAUGGCAUUUUUUUGAAAUUAUCUUUUUUAUCAUAUUAGGCAUUUUUGGUGGUCUAUAUGGUGCUUUAGUAAUAAAAUAUAAUAUCAAGAUGCAAUCCUUUCGCAAGAAAUAUUUGAAAGAUUAUGGCGUAGCCGAAGUAACUGUUCUUGCAUUUAUUACUGCAUUAAUUGGGUAUUUUAACAUAUUUAUGAAAAUGGAUAUGACUGAAACCUUGGGUAUUCUUUUUCAAGAAUGUGAAUCCAAAAUUCACGAUUUUGAAAACUUAUGCAAGACAUCCCAAAUGUUUAGGAUGGCAUGUUUAUUAUUAAUUGCAGCUAUACUCAGAACUGGAUUUGUAAUAAUAUCUUACGGAACAAAGGUACCGGCAGGAAUUUUUAUACCUUCUAUGGCAGUUGGAGCAACAUUUGGAAGGUUUCUUGGUAUUUGUGUUAAGGCUUUAAUAGACUCAUAUCCAACAUUUCCAUUAUUUGCAACCUGUAAACCUGAUGUAACAUGUGUUACACCGGGAAUGUAUGCAUUUUUAGGUGCUGCAGCUGCAUUGGGUGGAGUUAUGCAUUUAACAGUUUGUGUAGUUGUUAUUAUGUUUGAAUUAACAGGAGCUUUAACUUAUAUUUUACCAACAAUGAUCACUUUGAUGGUUACAAAAACCGUUGGUGACUUAUUUGGAAAGGGUGGAAUUGCUGAUCAAUUAAUCAAAUUAAAUGGAUUUCCGUUUUUGGAUAAAGAGGAGUAUUCUUUCGGAGUGCCAGUUGCUACUGUUAUGAGAAAAGACCUAACAGUAAUGACUGCAUCUGGCCUAAAAUUGGAUGAAGUUGAUCAAAUAUUAUCAGAAACAAAUUUCCAGGGAUUUCCGGUUGUGCAAAAUAAAAAGAAUAUGAUAUUAUUAGGUUAUAUUGGAAGAAUAGAAUUGAAAUAUGCUAUUGAUAAAGCAAAAAGGGUUUGUGGAACAUCAAAUGGAGCACAUUGUUUUUUUAAUCCUGAACAUAGUAAUUUUUCAGAUUCUGAUAAUAACGGUGGAAGUUCAUCAAAUUUCAUUGAUUUUGGACCAUUUAUUGAUCAGACACCAAUAACUGUACAUCCAAAACUGCCACUUGAAACAGUUAUGGAUUUAUUUAAGAAAAUGGGACCACGUGUAAUUCUUAUAGAAGAUGCAGGUAAAUUAGUAGGACUUACAACUGUAAAAGAUGUAUUAAAAUAUAUUGCAAAAAAAGAAGCUAAAGGAGGGGAAAAUGGAGUAGAUAUAGAAUUAAAUAAUAAUAAUUUUGAUAAUAGUAAUAAUUUAAGGAGACAUAUUAUAGGAGAAAAUGAUGUUUAGAUUUUUGAUAAUUUGAUUUGAAACAAAAAAAAAAAAAAAA